AUGGGGCUCUCGUCGGCCGCCGCGGGCGACGGGACGCAGCUCUGCGUGUUCGACCUCCGGAGGGGGCAGCAGGAGGGCCAGGAGCUCGACAAGAUCCUCUUCUUCCACCCCGCCGACUGCCCCAUCCUGCUCCAGCUCUCCGUCAUCGGCCUCUGCGAGGGGAUCGUCACUUUCACUAGAAUAUUUUCCCCGGAAGAGGAUUGCGAGGUUAUAGAAUCAGAGAAACACUCCCAUGUUUUUUACCAAGCCGAAACGGAUAUUUGGAUGGUUCUGGUUGUGGAAAAAAACAAGGAAAAUGAAUUGACUUGGCGUUGUGGUGCACUCCAAGGGAUUCUUAAAGAGGCUCAUUCUCUCUUUGCAAUGUUUCAUGGACCAAUCAGAACUUUGCUUGACAGACAACCCAGUGCAGAACUUGCUCGUGGUCACCUCCGCACAUUUCUCACAGAUUAUUUGAGUGAUUUUAAUGUUGGUAAGAAGUUACUAUUUCCAACCUACCGUGACAGCCUAAAGGAGAGGGGAACAGUCCAAAUGCUUACAGUAUCAAGAGAAGUGGCACUUGACGUUCAGUCACUCACCACAGUACUUGGAUCAUGUCUUGGAAAUGUCACCUGCCAAUCACUCGUACUAUUUGAAGACCUCUUGGUGUCAACGACACUGCCCCCGGAUGAUACUUUAAACCUAUAUACAUAUGCUGUCCUGAGGUUAACUCCGCGUGCUUUACAUUCCAAUGCAAGUUCUUGGUCCUAUUUGCGAAAAGGAACUUCUGUUAGUGCUGGCCCAACAUCAAGUUCAUCAAAUGGAACAACUGCAGGAGAAAGGCCUCUCCUGCGUGAGAAAUUGUCAAAGGGAAAGGACGGCUUUGUUGCUGCUGAUUUCGCAGCUACAGAAGCUCGUGGUGCUGUACCUUUGACUCCAAUACUAUGGUUCCAGCAGGCAGAGGAGCGCAUGUACCUAUGCAUUUAUCAGCACAAGAGUCUCACUAUCCUACUGCUGGUGCCUGCUUCCUCACUGAUAAAUGGAGAAGAGGGCAUUACUCAUGUGAAGAAGCAGAUGCUUGAAAAUGCAUCACAGAAGAUUGUCACUGUUGAGCAGAAAUUGACACGGGGAUGGGGAGGAGAAAAUGCUUAUCAUGUUAGUGGAUAUCGUUAUUUGCUCGUUGAUCCAGAGAGAAGAGUAUCAAGAGCCUCCCCCCCUGGAAAAGUCACCACCUUGGCAAAGGAUUCUCGACUUGCCCUCAAUAUGCUAAGACAAGAAGUAGAUCUAGAGAAGUCAAGAUACAAGAGAGGUGACCCUUGUCAUGAUAAGGAUUUUGAAGCAUGUAUCAGAACAAAAAACAAUGCAUGGGUUAUUGCUAAAAUUAGUCGAGGAAGGGAGCUUUACAUGGCUUUAGAGAAGGGUGGUGAAACACUUCUAUAUGCAUCCACAGCUGUAGAGAAAUUCAGCAACAGGUACUGCGAGGGAGCAUUCUCUACAGAUUAG